AUGCCCUGCUUCAAAGGGCUCGCCGUGAGCAUCCACACCCCGGAUGGACCAAUCUCCGAAUACUCCAUUCAACGCCAAUCUCGAGCUUCACGGAUAGGUUGUUUCAUUCCCGUUCCUCCGCCCAAAGUCCCCGAAUCCGGGUCAGCUAAAGCAGAACAAUCAACCUUCGCCAUUUCCAUUACCCUCCUCAACCCCGAGCAAGAUGUUCCAUACUCCACCCCGAAGCCGACAGCGGACUGCCCCUCCCCGAAACCAAAACAAGUGGGCAAGUUGGCUGGUGAGCCAGGUCAAAUUGCCGGAGCGGUCGCACCCUAUCAGGGCCUGACUAAGUCGCCGAACGAGACCGUGGCUGCAUACAUUUAUUUCGACGGGAGACAGAAAGAGGAAGUGGCCACACUGCUGCGGAGGGGAGAGGAGACCUGGGUGAACUCGCGCUGGGUCAGCGUACCCGAUUCUGAAGGCGGAGGGAUUGCCGAGCGUGAAUUCCUGUUCCGCGAAGUUGGCCUGGAACGCUGGCUCAACGGGUUGGACCUAGAAGGCAAGGAUGCAGCGGCCAAGAUUGAACGCAGACGUCAGAAGAUCGAGAAGCGACGUGUAAAGCGCGAGGAGGAGCAGACCGCCAUGGAAUUGGAAGACAAUCAUCCGGCCAGAUCCAAAUCCAUUAUGCGAUAUGGCAACGAUGAGAAGUCGCCCCUCGAAGAUGUUUCCGAUGACGAUCUUUCAUCCGACUCGGACGAUGACGAUCCUAUCCCCGAGACAGCGGGCCAGAUCAAGGUCGCUUUAUUCCGGGUGUUGGCAUCGGGAGAAAUCAAGCGGGGCGAGUACUCGCCGCAAUUCGAUGCACACGAUGACGAAGAAGGUGGCCAAGAAAACAGCAGUGGAGGGGAUGCCGAUGUUGAUCAUACCACGAGCUUCGCAAAGCCCAAAUCACUCGAUCCCAAGACCAUCAGCACGCAGACCGUUACUGGAAUUGACCCCAGUGAUAAACCAUACGCCAUUUUCACUUUCAUGUACCGAGGUGAACGACAACUACAAAAGAUGGGUAUAUUGAAAGAUACGAAAGCGCAAGAGACACCUGGUCACACAAAGCGCAAAUCGAUCCAUGAUGAUCUUGCAAACCUUGGUCCGAUCAAGCCUGGCGGAGCUGUUGGAUUCUUGAACUUCCGGGACAACGAACCCAAGGCGCGCACGGGCAAGAAGAGCGACGAUGACAUGGAUAGCGAUGAUGAUGAUACCGACAACCCAAUCCUUGGCAAGGCAGAUGAUGAAGAAGCCAAGGACGAUGAUCGGUUCUUGUCUCCAGAUGACAUCAAACGUCAAGGCGAGCUGGCGGAGAGCAUGCGGAAGAUUCGACUCAAGCGUCAACACUCUGCCGAACCCCCCGGAGGCAGUGUUGGCGACUCUGUUGAUACCCCAGCCUCUGGUUCUGGAUCGACCCCUCCGGCAAUUGAACGCUCGACCACACCUCCGAAGGGUGCUAUCACUACCACCGGAGCUGAGGCAUCUCAGCCAGCAGCCGAACUUUCGGACGCACUCUUCGGAAGUCCUUUGAAGAAGCAGCGGGCGAGUGUCUCUACAGCGGACGAGAAUGCGCUGAGACGCCGAAUCGCCGAGUCAUCCGGUAGAAUCAACGAAGUCCUCGGUUCUUCUGCACCCGAACCAACACCGAGCAUCUCGACAUUCGGUACCGAAUUCAGUCUUACGCCUGAGCUUUCGGCUGGACCCCCAGCCAACGAUGAGGAACUGUAA